ACAUAAUCUUCUCAAAAAAUCAAGAGAAAAUUGCUAAUUUUGCUUUCCUCUUAGCCAUUAAAUCGGCGCUGUUGUAACUCCUCCGUCGCGGUUCGACUCCCUCUUGUGAUGAUCAUUGGAACCUGUCGCAACCUCCCUCCUGUGACGAUCAUUGAAUCUACACAAUGAUAGAUCUUAUUUGAAGCUAGAUUUGAGAAGAAGAAGAAAGGAACAACAAUGAACUCUGAGCAAAACAACAGCACAAGCUUCCCACCAACUGAGCCAGAACUCUGCGACAAUAGAUGCGGUUUCUUUGUGUCUUCCAACAUGAACCUCUGUUCCAAAUGCUACAGAAUUCUCCGAGCCGAGGAAUAUCUAACCGCUGUAGCAAAAUCUGCUGUCAAGAACUCACUUAAGCUUCCAUCUUGCAGUCUCAUUAUCACACCAGAGCAAAAACAGCCUCUUGAAACCGAACCAGCCUCUGUUGUUGUAACCGCUGAGCCGUCAUCAGCUCCUAUAGCCACGGGACAGGAGGAGGCAGAGCCAUCGAAACCUGCACGGACUAACAGGUGUUUCAGCUGUAACAAGAAGGCUGGGGUUAUGGGGUUUAAGUGGAAAUGCGGUAGCACGUUCUGCAGAAGCCAUAGGUGCCCAGAGAAGCACGAGUGUAGCUUCAAUUUCAAAGAAGUUGGACGUGAUGUAAUCGCAAAGGCCAAUCAUGUGAUCAAGGCGGAUAAAGUCGUAAGGAUAUGAAAAAAAAACAAACCUUUUCUUUUUAUAAAGUAAUUUGGGGGUCUCCAUAUUUCGUAAGAUCUCUAUCUAUCAGUUAAUUAUAAUCAAUAUAUUCUUAUAUUACUAUGGUGUUGUUUGUACAAGAGGGAGGAGAUACCAGUACCACAUUGACUCUUUUUUAUAUCUGUUGCUACAGAUUAUUGUUUUCUUUUUUGAGAAAUGUUACAUAUUAUUGUUAUAAUUUCUA